CCGGAGAAGCAGGUCGGCAGGGAUCCACAUCUCCGCUCUGGGGCGUGGAGUUCCUUAGCAUCUUUAGCUCAUCUGCUAACUAGUAGCAAGCAAGAUCCAUCCUCAUCUCUUGUUAAACAAUGGAACGGGAUCGGAAAUUGUGCCAGGUCGAUCACUGGUGGAUUAAUGUUUUGCUGCACGUGCUCUCCCCUUGCCACUUCUGUCGUCUCUCCACCACUCCUGCGGGCUACGGAAUUUUACCAGUCACCAGCUCAUUGGACCUGCGUUUUCUACACAAUCAGAGACAGGAAAAAGAUAAGCAUGUCUGAUUGGUCCAACCUGACCUUUCACCUGGAGGAUUCCUUGACCAGUGCCUUGAGUCAUUACCUCAACAACUGGAGGCAAAAUAUCUCAGCCGCAGCAAACGCCCUGGACAAGACACUGGCUGAGGAGAACUUCAGGAACGUGAUCUGGUACCUGGCAGUGAUGAUCGGCAUGUUUUCUUUCAUCAUCGUGGCCAUCCUGGUGAGCACAGUCAAAUCCAAGAGGAGGGAGCACUCCAACGACCCGUACCACACAUACAUUGAGGAGGACUGGACUGCUGAGAUUAAACAGAUUCAUAUCAUCGGCAACACCACUGCCAGCUAAGAUAAACACAGAUAACGUGGCACAGAGAAUGUCAUCACUGUUAUCAUCAGCAUCAACAUCACAGGUCAUCAAAACUGUCUUUUUUCCAUCUGUCCA